GCAUCGUUGUGCGGUAUUCUGCCUGCUGCAGCUGGAUGGAGAGAUCUAUGAUACAGACAUGGUCACGGUGGACCGCACACUGACAGACAUCUGCUUCGACAAUACCAUCGUUUUCAACGAAGCCAGCCCCGAGUUUGAGCUGCGGGUGGAGCUCUACAGCUGCUGCACGGAGGACGAAUUCUUGACCUGCAGCACUCCACGCAAGCUGGCCAGCAAGCUCAGCAGUUCUCUGGGUCGCUCCACGGGGAAGAAGAUGCGGGCAGCGAUGGAGCCCAGCAUCUGCAAUCCGGCGACCAAUGGAGGAGCGGCCACCAUCCUGUUACCCAUGCCCGCCGUCCCGGGACCAAAGUAUAAUGUCCUGGCUCACACCUCGCUCACACUGGCACACGUGCAGGACAGCUUCCGCACACAUGACCUCUCCAUCUCUGGGAAUGAGGAGUGCACAUACUGGCUGCCGCUCUAUGGCAGCAUGUGCUGUCGCCUGGCUGCUCAGCCGUACUGCAUGACAGAGCAGAUGAUGAGCGGCUACCUGAAGGUCAAGCCGCUAGGAGGGGACCAUCAGAGCUGGACAAAGGUGUACGGUGUCCUGAAAGGGACAAACCUCUUCUGUUACCACAGACAAGAGGACAUGGAAGCAAAUGUGGAACCAGCUUUUACUAUUGCUAUCAAUAAGGAAACAAAGAUUCGCGCCACAGAGAAGGAUGUCCACUGCAAAGGGCAGAGCAUCAACAUCAGCAACCGCUACGGGGGGGAGGAAGUGACACAUACGCUUGGCACAGAAAGUCGAGAGGACAUGCAGCGCUGGAUGGAGGCCUUCUGGCAACAAUUUUACGACAUGAGUGAGCGCAUUGAAAAACAUUCUCUCAUUGCAGCUAAUCUGGAUGGUAACCAGAAAAAUGUGUAUUCUACAGUGGAAAUUAUUUUCUUUGGCAUGCUCAGAAUCUUUUAAUGAAAUUUGGUCAAAUCCAAUUUACAUCAGUACACCAGAAGUACCAUGCUGUUAAUUACAUAUUGUAGCAGACAAUGGUGUAAAAGUUCUAAAACUGAAAUCAAAACCACAAUACAAACAAUCUUGCUCUCAUCAUGUUGUGGUUCCGAUGAAACUGCGACACACCCCCCCCCACACACACACACACCCCUAACCCAAAACGGCUUCCACCACUGCUGGUGUAGCCUGUUGAGCUCUCAUUAUGUUACUAAUGCUACAAAACACUUUUUCAUGUCACAUUUAACACGCUAACACAUGUAAAUUACGAGAUUAUUAAUUCUGUUUAAAGUUAGCGCAACCUGUAUAUUUAGUAAAUUUCAUACAUUACACCUAUUUCAUUGUCUUCCAACUGUGUGUGUCAUGUGACUAUUUUGGUCCAAUCAUGAUUGAGUGAUCACGUGUGCAGUAGAAGCUAGGCUUGUUACAUUAGCUCAGGAUAUAUAAUAACCCUGAAACUGCAGAUCCCUCGGGGCACAAUCAUGUCAGCAGUGUGGGAACAUUUUGGUUAUCCAGUGCGGUACAGGGAUGGCAAUCAUGUCGUACACAAAACACACACAAUUGGUUGUAAGUGUUUCAAAAAACAUGCUCAGCCAGCAGACAACACUUUAUGUCUAACUGGUCUUCAAAUAUGUUUCUUUUUAAGUUAAUUUUUGUUUACGUAGUUAUUUCAUAUGCAGUUAAGUUAAUCUAACAUGUUCUUUAGUGUUGGUUUUUUUAGUGCUCCAGAUUGUUGGUGAUUAAUAAAACCUAGAAUUUUCCCUUUUUUUCCUAUUCACCCCCCACCCUCCCCCUCAAAAAAUUCAAACAAAAAAUCAAUGAGGUCUGAACCAAACCAUGCACUUUGAGAAUCGUUACACCCCCUAAUGGCAGUGUUAUUUAGAGUACAGUGGUACCUCGGUUUUCGAACUUAAUCCGUUCCGGA